GAUCUGAGCUCAUGCCGAAAGCCCUCUCCACCAGAAUUGUAGGAGGAAUCUGGUGGUUUUUCACGCUCAUCAUCAUCUCCUCCUACACUGCAAACCUGGCGGCCUUCCUCACUGUCGAGAGGAUGGAGUCGCCCAUCGACUCUGCAGAUGACCUGGCCAAGCAGACAAAGAUAGAAUAUGGAGUGGUUGAGGAUGGGUCCACCAUGACCUUCUUUAAGAAAACCAAGAUCUCUACAUAUGAUAAGAUGUGGGAGUUCAUGAGCAGUCGGAGGCACUCAGUGAUGGUAAAGAAUGUUGAGGAAGGCAUUCACCGUGUGCUCACCUCAGACUACGCAUUCCUCAUGGAGUCCACCACAAUCGAGUUUGUCACACAGCGCAACUGCAACCUUACACAAAUUGGAGGCCUCAUUGAUUCCAAAGCCUACGGGGUUGGCACCCCAAUGGGCUCCCCAUACAGAGAUAAGAUCACUAUUGCCAUUCUGCAGCUUCAGGAGGAAGGGAAGUUACACAUGAUGAAGGAGAAGUGGUGGAGAGGAAAUGGUUGUCCUGAGGAGGAGAGUAAGGAGGCCAGUGCCCUCGGGGUGCAAAAUAUUGGAGGGAUCUUCAUCGUCCUGGCGGCUGGACUUGUUCUCUCCGUGUUUGUGGCCGUGGGAGAGUUCCUCUACAAGUCCAAACAGAAUGCACAGCUUGAGAAGAGGUCUUUCUGCAGUGCCAUGGUGGACGAACUGCGGGUUUCCCUCAAGUGCCAGCGUCGGCUCAAACACAAGCCCCAGCCGCCUGUCAUGGUGAAAACCGAGGAGGUCAUCAACAUGCACACCUUCAACGACCGAAGACUGCCAGGGAAAGAGACCAUGGCCUAA